AUUAUAGACUUAAGAGUAAUACUGUUGACUCUGACAGCACACGUGCUCUCAGUUUUUCACAAUCAAACCACACGUUCUGACAGUAGUUGUAGUAGUGGUCAACUAUUUUCAUCCACAACAACAUCAACUACACCUAAAUAUCCGGACACUUAAAACAUGUCGUGGCUUUUCGGCUAUAAUCGCAAUGACACCAAUCAACCGCCUCAACAACCGUUGGCCCCGCAAAUGCCGACCGUAUGGACUAUGCGAUUCUCAGCGGCGGUGAUGUAACACCAAUGGGUCGCGAAGGUGUGACCGCUAUUCAUAAGACAUUCAAUUGGGCCAACACUUCGCGCAGAGGACUUCUGCUGUUUGUCGACGAAGCGGACGCUUUUCUACGUAAGCGAAGCUCCGAACAUAUGAGCGAAGAUUUGAGAGCAACGCUCAAUGCAUUUCUCUACCGAACCGGCGAACAGUCCAACAAAUUUAUGUUAGUAUUGGCCAGUAAUACACCCGAACAGUUCGAUUGGGCUAUCAAUGAUCGACUCGACGAAUUGGUUGCCUUUGAGUUGCCAUCGCUUGAAGAACGCAAACGUCUGGUUAAUCUAUAUUUCGGACGAUUUGUUUUACAACCGGCCGCUGAAGGCAAGAGACGACUUAAAUUAGACAAAUUUGAUUACGUCGAGAUCUGCAACAAGAUUGCCGAAUUGGUAGACGGCCUAUCGGGUCGCGAGAUAUCCAAAUUGGGUGUCGCCUGGCAGGCAACCGCUUACGCCUCGCACGACGGCAUACUAACGGAACGUAUGGUUAUGGAAAGGGUUUACGAAGCUAUUGGUCAACACAAACACAAACUCGAGUGGCAGGCGGACGAAGAAAAGGCCAAACGAGUGAUGACCGUCAAACAGAAGACCUAUUCAGUCGUCUGA